CGGUCCGCGCGUCCGCCGGCCUCGCAGGCGGGGCGGAGAAAAUGGCGAUGCCCCCGGCCGCCGUGCCCCCCGCCCGGGCCCGGGAGCCGCCGGGGCCCCCCGCCGCCAACGCCGCCAACGCCGCGCCGCCGCUCGGCCUGCAGCAGCUGUCGGCGCUGCGGCCCGAGCCGGGAGAGGUCCCGCUGCACUCGCCCUGGACCUUCUGGCUCGACAGAUCUCUUCCUGGUGCCACAGCCGCUGAGUGUGCUUCAAAUCUGAAGAAAAUCUACACAGUACAGACAGUGCAGAUAUUCUGGAGUGUGUAUAAUAAUAUCCCUCCUGUGACCAGCCUGCCUCUGAGAUGUAGUUAUCACUUAAUGAGAGGAGAGAGGCGACCACUUUGGGAAGAGGAGAGUAAUGCGAAGGGUGGCGUAUGGAAGAUGAAAGUCCCCAAGGACAGCACGUCCACAGUUUGGAAAGAGUUGUUGUUAGCGACAAUCGGGGAACAGUUCACAGACUGUGCCGCUGCAGAUGACGAAGUCAUAGGAGUCAGUGUCAGCGUUCGGGACCGGGAAGAUGUCGUUCAAGUCUGGAAUGUAAACGCCUCUCUAGUGGGUGAAGCGACCGUGUUAGAAAAGAUCUAUGAACUUCUGCCCCACAUAUCUUUUAAAGCAGUAUUUUAUAAACCCCAUGAAGAGCAUCAUGCUUUUGAAGGUGGACGUGGAAAACACUAAUUGCACACUCUGUAAAGAAUUCUUUGUCCUUUGCUGAUUGGUUUUGGAAACGGUCUUAACAGGAGGGAGAGUGAAGAGAAGACUUGCCGAAGCCCGAUGCUGGUCCAUGUAGAGUGGGUUUCUGUCCUUGCAGACGGGGCGAUUAGGGCUCAAAGUGGCAGGUGGGGUUGGGGGGACUGUGUGGGUUUCUACCGUCACAUUACU